AGAGGCCAAUGUGCCCCGCCCGCCAGGCCACCCCGCGGGCAGCUCCCUGGGUACUUCGUGGGCCUGCGGAAGCCCUGUUAGUGCUCUGUCCUCCAGCAGCACUCAGAGCCCCAGUGCAGCCUGCGCUGGGUAUGGUGCCCGGCUGCCGCGCAGGGCGGGGCAGUGGCGAGACCUUUCCGGACCUUUCCUGGGGGGAGCUUCGCUCUCCCCGCCUACAGCCUCUGCCUGGAGGGCGCGGAGGGCGGGCGUGUCCCCAGCACAGGCCUUGAGCCCCAGAAGGGAUCGGCUGUUUUUGCUGCUCCAAAGCAGUGGCGGGAGGCUGCGCUCACCCCUGGCCUGAUCCUGCCUGACGAUGUCCCCGCUGGUCGCCUUGGUGUCAGGGCCCCGCGCCCGGCUGUUUGCCUGCUUCCUCAGGCUGGGCUCUCAGCAGGCCAGCCCCCUUCAGCUGCACACUGGGUCCAGCUGCUCAGUCAGGAACUACUAUGAGGUGCUGGUGCUGGGAGGGGGUAGUGGUGGGAUCACCAUGGCCUCCCGUGUGAAGAGGAAGGUGGGUGCGGAGAACGUGGCCAUUGUUGAGCCCAGUGAGAGACAUUUCUAUCAGCCAAUCUGGACGCUGGUGGGUGCUGGUGCCAAACCGCUGUCCUUAUCUGGUCGUCCCACAGCGAGUGUGAUUCCGUCUGGUGUAGAAUGGAUCAAAGAUAGAGUGGUUGAGCUGAACCCAGACAAGAACUGCAUCUACACAGACAGCAGCAAGCAGAUCUCCUACAAAUAUCUUAUUAUUGCUCUUGGAAUCCAGUUGGACUAUGAGAAGAUUAAAGGCCUGCCUGAAGGUUUUGCUCAUCCCAAAAUAGGGUCUAAUUAUUCAGUGAAGACUGUAGAGAAGACGUGGAGAGCUCUGCAGGACUUCAAGGAGGGCAAUGCCGUGUUUACCUUCCCAAAUACUCCUGUGAAGUGUGCUGGUGCCCCCCAGAAGAUCAUGUAUUUAUCGGAAGCCCAUUUCAGGAAGACGGGGAAGCGAUCUAAGGCCAAUGUCAUUUUCAACACUUCUCUUGGAGCAAUUUUUGGGGUUAAGAAGUAUGCAGAUGCCCUUCAGGAGAUCAUCGAAGAGAGGAACAUCACUGUUAACUACAAGCAAAACCUCAUUGAAGUCCGAGCCGAUAAACAAGAGGCUGUUUUUGAGAACCUGGAUAAACCUGGAGAAACCCAAGUGAUUUCAUAUGAAAUGCUUCAUGUCACACCACCGAUGAGUCCACCAGAUGUCCUCAAGACCAGUGCUGUGGCUGAUGCUGCUGGCUGGGUAGACGUGGAUAAAGAAACUCUUCAGCACAAAAGGUACCCAAACGUGUUUGGGAUUGGGGACUGCACCAACCUUCCCACAUCAAAGACCGCUGCUGCAGUCGCUGCCCAGUCAGGGAUACUUGAUAGAACAAUUUCUCUGAUUAUGAAGAAUCAGACACCAGUGAAGAAGUAUGAUGGCUACACAUCGUGUCCACUGGUGACCGGCUACAACCGUGUGAUUCUUGCAGAGUUUGACUACAAAGCUCAGCCACUAGAGACCUUCCCCUUUGAUCAGAGCAAAGAGCGACUUUCCAUGUACCUCAUGAAAGCUGACCUGAUGCCUUUCCUGUACUGGAAUAUGAUGCUAAGGGGUUAUUGGGGAGGACCAGCCUUUCUGCGGAAAUUGUUUCAUCUGGGUAUGAGUUAAGGAUGGCUCAGCUCUUGCUCAUCUUGGAUGGCUUCUGGAUCAAAAUUAUAGUCACAGAAUGACCAAGAGGAAUACAAAAGACUUGCAACCUAAGCCUGUAAAGAGUUUCUUGCUGGAUAAUGGUGACCGAAUGCCUGUCUUCAGUACUUUGAAGAGCCACCACAUGGGCUGCCCAGGAUGGCUAGAUUCUUUGAAAAUAUUGAAAUGAAAGAACAGACUUUUAUUUUCUAAAUAAAAGUUUUUCAUUGA